AUGAGGUCCGGGGACAAUGCGCGCGAUUGAACGUGAUUAUAAAUGACAGCAUCAUCGAUCCAGCCUUUCCGAGACUGAAGUAACAGCGCUGAUGAUCACGUUCGACGACGAACCAUCUUCCUCUACGCCUCUAUCUACUGCUUCGGUUACAACUCAGUCCCGCUCACGCUCGUUUCCGAGAUCUUCACCAUGCGCUUCAAGACGCUCUCGAUGACGUUCUGCCUCAUGUGGCAAUGGCUCUGCACCUUUGCCGUCGUCCGCAUCAUGCCCGUCGCUUUGACCAACCUCGGUGGCAAAGCCUACUUCCCCUUCGCGGCCAUCUUCAUCACCGCAGGUCCUUUCGUCUACUUCCUCGUACCCGAGACCAAGGGCUUGCCUCUCGAAGCCAUGGAUGACCUCUUCGGUGUGGCCGAGAUGACCGAUGCCGAGCGCGCCGUUUUAGCGAACGAGAAGGGUGAGGUCGGCUCCGUUUCGCACGUCGAGCACGCUGGGUACGCUACCGCCGCUGCGGGUGUUGCGAGAACCAACACCGUUCAGGUCAUGGCACCCAUUGACGAGCUCGCGAGGCGUGUUUAA